GCACAAGCGGUGAAAAUGCUGAAGGUUUUAGUGGAUACGUUUUGGAGUGAGCAUGUGUGGUUACCGCCGAACGUAACGUGGGAAGACAUCAAGCCUGGGCCAGAUAAGGCAGUGAAUUACAACGACCACACUCACGUUUGGUAUCCUAUACCGUUAGCUUUGGUUUUCAUAGCUCUACGGGUUGCCGUUGAGAGGGCAGUGUUGGCACCCUUCGGCCGGUCGCUGGGCAUCAAGGAUGUCAGGUCGAGGAAAGCUUCGAACAACCCGAAGCUGGAGGCUGCCUACCGGAAAUCAGCCCAGCCAAGCCAGUUCCCGGAGCUGGCCAAACAGACUGAUCUCUCCGAGCGCCAAGUCGAGAGAUGGUUCCGUCGCCGCCGCAACCAGGACAAACCUUCCACCCUAGUGAAGUUCUGCGAGAACUCCUGGAAGGUCAUUUUCUACGUGUCCAGCUUCAGCUUUGGCGCCUACGUGCUGUGGGACAAGCCCUGGUUGUGGGACAUCGACCAGUGCUAUAUCGGAUACCCACACCAUGGCGUAACCAACGACGUGUGGUGGUACUACACGAUAUCUUCAGCGUUCUACUGGUCGCUGAUGAUCUCCCAGUUCUGGGACGUGCGCCGCAAGGACUUCUGGCAGAUGUUCGUCCACCACGUGGCCACCAUCGCGCUGUUGUCCUUCAGCUGGGUCUGCAACCUGCACAGGAUCGGGACCUUGGUGCUAUGGUGCCAUGACCUGCCGGAUAUCUUUGUUGAGUCGGUGAAGGCGGCGAAAUAUGCUAAGUACCAGAAGCUGUGCGACGCGCUGUUCCUCGUGCUCAUCGUGUCGUGGCUCGCCACGCGCGUCGGCAUCUUCCCCUUCUACAUCAUCCGCAGCACUUUGAUCCGCGCGCCGCAGCUGGUGCCGAUGUUCCCGGCAUACUACAUCUUCAACACGCUGCUGGUGCUACUCCAGGUGCUGCACGUGGUGUGGACGUGGCUCAUCCUGCUCAUGGCCUACAACACCAUCAAGGCCGGACAGAUGGAAGGCGACAUUCGUAGCUCGAACUCGGAGCUGAGCUCGUCGCCGCACGACUCGGGCCGCGCCUCACCCACCACCAACCACCUCAACCACAACCAUCACAAGAAUAAAUAGACUGAUUUAGAUUGAACUAUACAUUGGGAUAUACAACUAGCAGUCGUCUGCCGGACGGGUACUCCAUAUUCCUACCAUAUUGUUAUAUUUUUCGAUCCCUAUACUGUUUUUAUAAGGGAUUUACAUAGAUUAAUGCAGACUUCAACCGCAAUUUUUAGCUUUGUUACUUGUGUGUUAGGCCCAGAACAGACGGUGAAACGCAACUGCAACGAAACUGCAACUGCUAGUUACUUUUGAGUUGCAUCUAAGUUUCUGCCAUAG